AUGUGGUUCAGCUUGCCAUCGGCAACAAAAGGCCGACGGAACCCCGUCAAAGGCGGAAAAGGCACCAAGGACCCAAAAAUCACAUUUCCCGCAAACCCGACCGAAUCGUUCACGAUUCUGCUGGGCAAUCAGGGAAAAAAGGAGAUGUUGUGUUUGGUGUACCCACCUCUUCCUAAAGAGUCCGCGGAGAAGCCGUUCGCUGGAGACGUUUGGGGGACUGUGAAUCGUUGGCGUCUGGUCGAGAAGAACGUCGCUGGUGGCUGGUCGUUUGCCACAUCAUUUCAAACGUAUGAUCACGACGAAUACCGGACGAUCCUGCUCAAUUCCGGCGAAACCAAGAAAAUCGAGCUAUGGUGUGACGACGAAGUACAACAGGGAGUCUACGCGCUGAAAGUCUACGCAUGGAAUGAGAAGAUGGGCCAGGCCGAACACGGGCAGAUUAAUGUGGCCAAAGGCGCAAAGAACGUGGGACGAGGAAUGUACCAAAAAACUAGCGCUGAGGUAUUUGCGCAAGGAUUCGGUGAGUUGCUCAAGAAGAAGUUGGCCGGUGGAAUGGCUUUGAAGGACGUGAGUCGUGAAAUCGACUCGCGUGCCGUCACCAUUCCAGUCGACCGGAGGAUGUCUGGAGAUGGAUCGAUGACGAAUUCGAGCUCAAGGCCCAAGGAAAGCUUAAGCAACCGACGACGAAGGCGGCCGUUUCAACCUCGACAUCCACCUCAAUUGUCACAUCAACAUCACCCAUUACAACAUCGUCACAAACCCAAUCGGCUUCGGCGUCGCAAUCUCAGUCUUAUCCCGCUA